CAAACGGCAGCAUUUAACACAAGUCGCUGGAGCGGAGUGGGCGCACAGAUCUUGUCUAGAAUUGGAUACACACACACACGCACACACAAACACACUCAGUCAGUCGGUUAAACGGUAACCAAAAACAGAACAUUAUCGAUCAGAACAAGAUGUUCGCCACUCAACAACUAUGGCUGCUUUGCCUGCUAGUGGGAACUCUCUUUGCAUCACCUAUAAAGGGCAGUGAGGAGGAACCCCUCGAAGAUAAAAUCACAGAGGAUGUUGUGAGCAUAGACAACGAGCUGCAAAAGGUCAUACGGGUCAUGCCACAGGAAUUGCCACCGAAACAGGAUCACACAGGCAAUCAGAUGAACUCGGCUCUCUUCCAGAUCCAGCCUCUGCGUCCGGGUGGCCCUCGCCAAUAUCUGGACUCGAAGCGUAUGCGUCGUCCUAGGCCAGGCAAGCUGAUGGCAUCGUCCACAGCUCCUUCCACUUCCACUACUAAUACUGGUGAAGAAUCGCAGCAGCCUGCUUUGAAUUAUCCAUACAACAACGAACUAAAAGCCUUUCCCAAGCAGAAACAAAAGCAACAGAAGCAACUGCACUUCAUCCUCGACUCUGACGGGGAGAGUUCUCAAGCGAUCCCAGUUGCCAUGACCCCAGGUCCGUAUCCCAUUUACUAUGUGGUCUCCAAGACGAAUGGUCGCUUCGGCAAAUUCCCCAUCAAGGCCUUCCGCACUCCGGCGGAGUUCUCCAAGUAUUUGAUUAAGAGCAAGGCGGAACCGAUUCCCCGUGUCCAACGCUUUGAGGGUUUGGUUAGGCGUUAGAUUUUAUGCUUCAUUUUGCUUGCCUGCUUGCUUUGCUUACCUUUUUGUGAUUUUUGCUUAGUUAAAUUAUUGCUCACCAUAAUUAUAAUUGCUAAUUACCACAAAGAAAAACGAACGAAACAAACAAAAAACCACAACACAAAACUCAACUAUAUACAAUAUUUUUAUUAUACUCUUAUAUAUACCUAUAUAAUAUGUAGCUAACCCAUGUUUAAAUCUCUGUACCAAAUAAACUGACGGCGACCUUCGCCUUGCCGUCGAAUGAGUCA